UUAAUUAGGAGGCAAACUUUUGUCGUCCCCUCCCACCCGCUUUGGUUUAGUAAUCAGACCCACAUGAGUCACGCCAAACACGCAGCCCCCUUCUGCCCAAGUGACAACUGGCCAGCAUACUGUAGGCUGUUGUCCCUUUAAAACUCGAAUCCAAAGGGGCAAUGAUUUAUCAAACUUGUAUUAUCAAGAAGAUGUCAACCGAAGGGCACCUUGCUAUGCACUGACGCAAACCCGGCCUUUCCCACCGAGAUAUAGAAAGCGCCUCUCCUACCCGAGCCAAACCCAGUCCUACUAAAUAGCGGGUUUCACUCUACCGGUUCAAUCUGUUGCCUGUGUCAGAUAUGGAUUGCAGUGCUUCCAAGGAAACGAAUAAACAACCAGUCAACAGCAUGGAAGCGGCGGCCCAGGACCACCGAGAGAGCCCGUGCGCACCAAGAACGAGCCCGGAGCAGGAGCUUCCCUCUGCCGCCGCCGUCGCUCCACCACCACGAGUGCCCAGAUCCGCUUCCACCGGCGCCCAAACUUUCCAGUCCGAGGAUGCACGAGUCUGCGAGGCCCAGAGGCCAGGAGUGGGGUUUUGCAAACUCAGUAGCCCGCGAGCGCAGGCGGCCUCAGCGGCCCUUCCAGACUUAAGCGAAGGGUACAGCACGCAGGGCACCCCUCUUUCUGGGGGCGCCGGGCCCGGCAACGCGUUGCACUGUAAGAUCCCGGUUCUGCGCGGCCCAGAGGGGGAUGAAAACGUGAGUGUGGGCAAGGGCACGUUGGAGCGGAACAAUACCCCGUCUGUGGGCUGGGUGAACAUGAGCCAGAGCACCGUGGUGUUGGGCACAGAUGGGAUCGCAUCGGUGCUCCCGGGCAGCGUGACCACUACUGCCACACAGGAGGACGAGCAAGGGGAUGAGAAUAAGGCCCGAGGGAACUGGUCCAGCAAACUGGACUUCAUCCUGUCCAUGGUGGGGUACGCAGUGGGGCUGGGCAAUGUCUGGAGGUUUCCCUACCUGGCCUUCCAGAACGGGGGAGGUGCUUUCCUCAUUCCUUACUUGAUGAUGCUGGCACUGGCUGGGUUGCCCAUCUUCUUCCUAGAGGUGUCACUGGGCCAGUUUGCCAGCCAGGGGCCAGUGUCUGUGUGGAAGGCUAUCCCAGCUUUACAAGGCUGUGGCAUCGCAAUGUUGAUCAUCUCUGUCCUAAUAGCCAUAUACUACAAUGUGAUUAUUUGCUACACACUUUUCUACCUGUUUGCCUCCUUUGUGUCUGUGCUACCCUGGGGCUCCUGCAACAACCCUUGGAACACGCCAGAAUGCAAAGAUAAAACCAAACUCUUAUUAGAUUCCUGUGUGAUUAGUGAGCAUCCCAAAAUACAAAUCAAGAACUCGACUUUCUGCAUGACUGCCUAUCCCAACUUGACAAUGGUUAACUUCACCAGCCAGGCCAACAAGACGUUUGUCAGUGGGAGUGAAGAGUACUUCAAGUACUUCGUGCUGAAGAUUUCUGCUGGGAUUGAGUAUCCUGGGGAGAUCAGGUGGCCACUAGCUUUCUGCCUCUUCCUGGCUUGGGUAAUAGUGUAUGCAUCCCUGGCUAAAGGAAUCAAGACUUCAGGAAAAGUGGUGUACUUCACGGCCACAUUCCCCUAUGUUGUGCUGGUGAUCCUCCUCAUCCGAGGAGUCACCCUGCCUGGAGCUGGAGCUGGGAUCUGGUACUUCAUCACACCCAAGUGGGAGAAACUCACAGAUGCCACGGUGUGGAAAGAUGCUGCCACUCAGAUUUUCUUCUCUUUAUCUGCCGCAUGGGGAGGUCUGAUCACUCUUUCUUCUUAUAACAAAUUCCAUAACAAUUGCUACAGGGACACUCUAAUUGUAACCUGCACCAACAGUGCCACAAGCAUCUUUGCCGGCUUCGUCAUCUUCUCCGUUAUCGGCUUCAUGGCCCAUGAACGCAAAGUCAACAUUGAGAAUGUGGCGGACCAAGGGCCAGGCAUCGCAUUUGUGGUUUACCCUGAAGCCUUAACCAGGCUGCCCCUCUCUCCGUUCUGGGCCAUCAUCUUUUUCCUGAUGCUCCUCACUCUCGGACUUGACACCAUGUUUGCCACCAUCGAGACCAUAGUGACCUCCAUCUCGGAUGAGUUCCCCAAGUACCUGCGCACACACAAGCCGUUCUUCACCCUGGGCUGCUGCAUUUGUUUCUUCAUCAUGGGUUUUCCCAUGAUCACCCAGGGUGGGAUUUACAUGUUUCAGCUUGUGGACACGUAUGCUGCCUCCUACGCCCUCGUCAUCAUUGCCAUAUUUGAGCUCGUUGGGAUCUCCUAUGUGUACGGCUUGCAAAGAUUCUGUGAAGAUAUAGAGAUGAUGAUUGGAUUCCAGCCCAACAUUUUCUGGAAAGUCUGCUGGGCGUUUGUAACUCCAACCAUUUUAACUUUUAUCCUUUGCUUCAGCUUUUACCAGUGGGAGCCCAUGACCUAUGGAUCUUACCGCUACCCUAACUGGUCCAUGGUGCUGGGCUGGCUAAUGCUUGCCUGCUCUGUUAUCUGGAUCCCAAUUAUGUUUGUGAUAAAAAUGUAUCUGGCACCUGGCAGAUUUAUUGAGAGGCUGAAGUUGGUGUGCUCGCCACAGCCCGACUGGGGCCCGUUCUUGGCCCAACACCGCGGGGAGCGUUACAAGAACAUGAUUGACCCCUUGGGCACCUCUUCCCUGGGACUCAAACUGCCAGUAAAGGAUUUGGAACUGGGCACCCAGUGCUAGUCCAAUGCUGUGGGAUAUUCCAGACUUAAUCUUGUUUUCCUGUCUGCCUCUGCCUAAGAUUUUCCCCAGCUUUCCUCCCAUUUUCCUUCUUUCUCCCCACAUCUUGGUUCACAGCCGUGCAUGAGAUGGUUACAUAGAAAAGUAAGGUAUAGUGAUGCGUGACGCAUGCUGUAGUGAGAGCCACACAGGCCACUUGGAGCGCUGCUUGCCUGUGUCCAUGGUGUCGGUGUCUGGAGGGGUUGGUCCUCUGAGCAUGUGCUUCAUCAUGCAGGGGUGGGUCAACUAGGUGAAUGCUGGCUGGUGUGUGUGGUUUGGUCAGUAGACAGACAUCCACUGUGUGUUGUCCUUGGGGUGCCAGUCAGGCAUGCGUUGAAUGGCAGAAUUUUAGGACUGUCAAUUUGGACUCAUCAGCAUCGUAGUGAUUUCAUUCAGACACAAAAAGUUCAGGACAGGGUACAUUUAGAGGGAUAGCAGUGGCCAGGAAUUAUUUUGGAUGCGAGACAAGGCCAGUAGACUCAGAUGCCACAAGUGGUUAAGCUCAUAUUUCUAGUCACAAUUGGUCAUCUCCUUCUUUCAUCUGGACCAGGUGUAUCGCGAAAUCAUGUGCUUCACUCUCCACACCUGUUGGAUCCUAGUGAAGUGUCUAUUCUCUUCCCUCAGUUUUCUUUAAAUUCUUUUUAACAACUAUACUUGUGAGUACUUUUGGACAUCUCUUCCACCUCCCUCCAUGGAGCCAUCCUGUGAUUUGUGUCUCACUUCAUACGUCACCGGUAGAGCACCAUUCUAAUUUCUGCGUGACAUUAGCACUGUGGUUCAAUGUCACAUUCCUUUGUUUCUUCUCUUCUGAAUGUCUUUCUAUAAGCUGUAGAUACCUUGUCUUUCAGACUCUGGGAAAAUAAAAUUUACCCUGGUUUGUCUAGGUGUUAUACACACUGGCCACACACUCUUCAAAGAUAAUUUCUCAAUUUUUACUCUUAACUUUUUCAUUCAUAGUCAUUGCCAAUUGUGGUCAUGGAGGAAUCAAAGAAGUGAAGAGUUUAAUAGAAAGCAACCACAAUAUUCACUGCUCUGGUAAUAUAUCUUAGGUCAUCGUAUUUACAGAAAUUUCUGAUAAAUACAGCUUAGGUAGGUAGUGAGUGAGCCAAUUAAGACUAUAGCUUUUAAGACUACAUUUAGCCAAUUCAAUUUUAAGAGUUCCCUAUUCACAGUGCUCAUUGUAACUGCACUCUAAUGAGAGCAGAUCAUGUGUCUGCGGAGAUUGGCGAAGCUGUAACCUUUAUUAUCUUCUUGUAUCCUGAACAUGCAUAUAUGAAAUUUUAAAAAUGUGAUAUGUGCUCAUGUAUUGUGUACUCGUAGUGGUGUUUUCUGUCCUUAUAAAUAUCUUAUGAAUCACUAUAGAGAUGGUGAGUUUAGAAUAGCGUAGUCUGGGUUUUAUUUUUUCCCCUUACAGUAUUAAUAUCUAAACCUAAGAUUGUUUCCUUUAGGGGAGACCAUUUCAAUCAUUUUAUCACUCAUUUAUCUUAUUAUUACAGGGUCUCAGGCAAAGUUUUCAGUUCAAAUCUUGUAUAUUGGCAUGACAUUUUCAUCCGGUUUGACAGUCAUGAAACCCAACAACAGACUUUAAUGUAACAUUUUUUGAGAAGUGACUUCAUUUGUAUAAAAUGUCCCAACUCAUUUUCCUGAGCUCUCUCUUUUCUAGGACAAAUAUCAUUGCCAUGUGCCAACAAUGAUUCCAACUUCUAGUUUUCCAGAGUGGCCCGUGAAAGGUGUUGGGAAAGGAAACAAAACUGAGUUUUGAAGUGUAGGUCUGCGUGUCUUUCGUUUGCAGUGUGUUCCCCUUGUUCUCCUUUCUUCCCUGUCUCCCAAAGCUAGACCUUGUUGGACUCUAUCACAGAGACUAAACCCUGAGCUUCCCCUAAUCUCAGUUUUAGGAAGCUAAGCUCUGGCCUCACCUGUCCAGGGUUUGCUGUCCUGACCUGUCUGCCCUCAACCCUGAUUUUCCCAAGAAAGCCAUACUGAUGAGAAGCCCCCAUUCCUGCUCCAGAUGUUGUAGAGUAGUAGCAAAAAUCAGCUUCUACAAUUGCUAUCGGGCAAAGUGAGAGAUGGGGGAGGAAUUAGUUAGGCCUGGAAAUUGACUGCAGUCUUUCUAAUUUGAAGGUUGAAGCAAAGAGCUUAAAUUGAUGAACAUUCUCUCAUGGGAUUGAUGUUUGUGUCAGGGUGAGUGGGUUUUGGCUUUCCUCUUGCCACUUGGCUAAAAUGGAGUACGAUGCUGGACACCAAUCCAACACCCACCAAUUAUAGCCGUUGUGAUUAAAGAAAGUGGGGAGGGGGGCCUCAUGGAGGCUGCCAGGUACAAAUUGAAAGUUGACUUAAUUCUGAGGAAUGGAGAACUCCUCAUUAGCCAGUAUGUUUUGUAUUUGGAGGUAGUUAUAUUUGUGUUCACUAGAAGUUUUCUAGGAAAGACCCAGUAGCUGCCCACCGAGCAGCUGGGGCUUCUCUUGUUUCUCUAUUUCCUGUGAUUUUCAAGUUUCAUACAAAAAUUUGCUUAAAGGGACACACUUAGGUGAAAGAUUCUGAACUUACCUGGAAAUGAUGACCAGGUUGAUUUUUUAUAGCCACGUUCACCUUUGAGGCUCCCCCUGGCAGGGAUGUGUUCAGUUCUGAGCCGUCAGUCUUCAUGUAUCUACAGUGUUACACCUCCCGUGGACUGGGCUGGGAUGCUUAGAGCUGAGAUAUGUACCACCAGAUGGAUCGUUUCCAUGCUAUUAAAAUGCACAGUCACUUGGAAGAAAAAAAAAUGAAUGAGUAAAAAGAAAAUGGAUAGCACUGUCAUAAACUGCCACCUGAGGGUUUCCCUUCAAAUGGAAGGAAAAUGGAUUUUUUUUUUUAGGAAAGACUUUCACUGGUUCACUUGUGCAGAGUGGUGGGUACUUUCCACUUGUGAGAUAAUUUCAUAACACCACAAAUGCCAGAAACCCAUUCUGAGAAAAACAAGCCAUAUGUGAAAAAUUGUAACCCUAUAAUAUCCUUAAAGGAGGAAAAAAAAAUGUAUAUUUCUUAACUAUUGCUAUUGUGGCUUCUUAUGCAAAUGUUUGUCUCACAUAUUCGUAACUUUUAAUCUAAUCUCUUUAGGGUCCUUUUGUUUGUCAAGUCCAAAUGUGUCCAGUUCUGGUCUUUUGUAAUUGUCCUUUCUUUUUCCUUUGUAAUUACUUAUUGCAUGAAAUCUGUGGUCAAUGCAAAAUCUUGAUGACCUCAAUAUAUUUGAAAUUUUCAAUGUGAUUUUAAUAUAUAAGACAUGAGAGCGACUUGUUUUUUCCGUGAGCAGCACUUUAAAAAGAGUUCAGCACGAUGAUCUUUAAACGAAUAAGACUGGAGUUGUCCUUAUGCCAACGUGGCUUUGGGAGGUGAAUUUUUGUCUGUUUUUGUUCUGUUAUCUACGUGUGCCUCAGUCCUUCUUGUCCACCUUCUCCGGUUGGCAUGGUUCUCCCAUGCCUAAUGUUAAGGUUUUUCUUUCCUCUUUGUUCCCUUGGCCAUUGGUCUCUGUCCUCUUCCCAGAGGCUAGCACAAUAAAUGUUGUUCCCUGUACUCAAAAAGGCAGGAUCACACCUGGAGUUGAGUCACCAUGUGCUUCUUUGAGGCAGAUGACUCUAGCAAAGGUGUUCUGCAAGGGAGGAGUGUGUCUUGCAGGGACGAAGGGUCAAGACCAACAAAUGAGCGUUUCCUGUGUUUCACACUGGGUAUCAUGCAGAAAACUUCCAGGCUGGACGCAAAGGCAGGCGAUUUAGUGUUGAUACUUAUCCCCCCACAGAGUGACCCUAAGAUUUGUGAAAAUGAAGCUUCCUGUCUUUCCCAGAUUUUGCUUUGGUUGUCCAGAAAGACCAAGUAAUUGUGAAAGGUGGUCUCUGCUCAGUCACUUUUGAGUAGCCUGCAGCCAAAGAGGAAGUGUUUUCAGAUUGGCAUUCAUCACCUCUGCAAAGCAAGCAGUGGUAGGAUUUGCCUGCCCUGGAUGAAAUACAUCUUCAGGUAACCAUUUGCCUUAUAGGUGUAUUUUAUUGUGAGGGUGAUACGUAGUAAUUGACUAGAAACUGUUUGUCUCUCAUUUGUUGGUCUUUUUUUGCACUUUAUUAUGGACCUAUCAAGGAAGAGGUGAAUUCUUAAAUUGUGUACUUGGAUAAUGUCCUAAAUGCAAGCAUCUUAUGUGGGUACUGUUGCCCAUGAAUAAAGAUAUGUUCCCUAAUCAGGUCCUUCUAUUUUUUCAUUAACUGUACAUGAAGAAAAUAUAUUAUGUUACAAAUGAUGCAUCAUAUAUAUAUAUAUAUCUUAUAGAGUACAUAUUAUAUACUGUGCAUUAUUCAUUUAAGAAGUCAUUAUUCUUGAGGCCCUACCUCAAAUUUUGUAUUUAUGUGUACAAAUGCAAUUUAUUGUAUUAUAUAUUUGCCUAUUAUAUACUGAUAUAAAUUAGAAUUUAUCCUAAUAAUGUAUGAGUCCAAAAACCCUAAAUAAAUGUCAGUGUUUAAAACAUGA